AUGGCGCCUCCAAACCUGCCCAAGACAGCGCCGACAAAUAAUGCCUCGAAAAAGCGCAAAGAACCGCCCACGAAUACAUCCAACUCCAAGAGCGAUAACAAGCGGCCGAAGGCCGAUCAUAGAGCGAAGCAGCGAGAUGCGCGGGCACUUGCUAGUCAGACAUCUUCGGAGGCCUUCAAGAAUGGAGAGCUGGACGUGGACAAGUUCGUCAAGGCGAGAGAGUAUGAGAUUCGAGCUCUGGAAGAGGGUAUGGCCAGGAGCAAAAAGGCUCUAACUACACGUGCUUUCCAGCAAGUACCCAAAGAGCUGAGGAGAAGAACGGCGAGUCACAAUGCUAAGAGAGUCCCAAAGCGCCUGCAGAAGCGCGCCAAGGUGGAGAUGGUGGCAGACAAUACUCCGACAGUGACUGCUAGGAGAAGAAAGCCUACAAGACAUAUGCGACUGCGCAUGGAAACAGCCAAGAAGCUCAGGGCGCUGGGAGCGGCCCAACGAAAAGCGAGCAAGAAAGAUAGCGAUGAGAAGGCACGAGCGCCGAAAGUCAAGAAGGCAAAACUCGCGGAAGCACCCACGCCUAAAGCGAAGUUUCGAAAACGACAAAUGAAUAAGACUUGGCUGCCGACUCACAUGUUCCAUGCUAAAAGAGCCCGCAUGACAUCUCCAAAAGAGCCUUUGUGGCGCUUCGCCAUUCCUCUAACUCCGACGGCGAAAUGUUAUAGACCGACGCAUCGAGCCGCCAAUGAUCGUGGCGCGAUAGCUUGGGAUGUGAGCUACAUGUCCACUAUUGGUCUGGAAGGCCAGCAAAGAAGUAUCGAAGGCUUGCUGAAAGCUUUGAAUGUCGAUGAAAAUCUUUGGACUAGGGAUGGAGAGAAGUGGCGCACUGGCAGUAGAGCAUGGGAUGGUUUUGUGUUCGAGCGCGAAGCACCGCAUAGACCGAUCGCACCCGUGACUGUGAUAUGGUCCCCUUCGCCUGAAUCGACAGCUGAAAUCGAAGACUUGUCGAAGCGAAAGAGGAAGGUCUUGUUGCGGGUGCAUCCAUCUGCAUUUCUACAGCUAUGGGAGGAGAUACUUCGACUCAGCAAAGUUGCAAAGCCAUCAAUUACGGUUGAAGAUCUUCGCUACGAGAUCGGUAGCAUUGAGGUGACAGGUCCUGGAGCGACCGAAGCGCUUUUAAGUGCUCUCCGGCCUUCACCGCACGAAGAAGGUUCUUCCGGAUAUCCCAGCGGAAGUGCUGAGAAGGUUUGGAGCUCUUUGGCUGGACUCACGGACGUCUCGUUGAUACCUAAGAAUGUUGUCUUAGGUCUGAACGUGCAGGACUCAAGACUACAUCACCCUCCACGCACGAUCAAGCUUCCAAGCACAGCAGAAGAGCAAAUGAAAUUGCUUGAGCUCACGGCUUCGUGGCCAGUCGAUGCACCUUCUACACCGUUCUCCUUGCUUGACCGACGCGCGCGUGUUGCUGCAAGCUCGAGCCUGCCCAGUCAAAAGGCAAUCAAUCGACGAAAGUCCUUAGCAGCACCUGGCCAGUAUCCGGAGGCAGUAGCCACCGAUCCCAGAAUACCAACCAUAAUCUAUUCAGCUUCAGGUGGAGACCGAAGACAAGGAUCGUGGGUUGUACUACUGCCCUGGAAAGCAGUACAGCCGAUCUGGUAUGGUAUCAUCUACUACCCAUUAUCGACAGGUGGUCAGCCUCGAUUUGGCGGAUUGGAUGAGAAGCGUCAACUGUGCUUUGAGGCUGGACGGCCUUGGUUUCCUGGUGACUUUCCUGGCACCAAAGCUGGAUGGGAGUGGGAGAUACAAGAACGAAAGAAACGCGAAGAUGAAUGGAGGCGACGGCCAAAGAGCAAGCGCGUCAACUGGGAUGCCGUCAAGCUCGCAAACGGCAAGAAAGGAGAAAUAGGAUCUGGCUGGGCAUGUGACUGGGAGCGCCUGAUCAACGGUCCUCCGCAAAUUUCCGAAGCAGACACGAAAGAAGGCGCCAAGGACGGCAAAAACGACAAACCAAACGCUCCACCAUCCAUCGAACCACCAACCCUCACCUACCUCCCACACCCACAAUCAAAAACCCCCCUCCCCCCAAACCCCCUAACAACAAUCUCCCUAACCUCCCUCUCAAAAGGCACCCCCCAACCCAACGCCCGAAUCUACCGCCUCCCCUCCAAAAACCCCACCUUACGAACCUCCUGGCUCUCCCUCCUGCACCGCCAAAAACCAAACCCCCCUCCCCUCCCCAAAAACGCCCCACCUCACAUCCUCCAUCGUAAUCUAGCCCAAUCCCUCCUCGAACCCGCACGAGCCGGAGCAGAAAAUUACCCGACCGUACCCGGCGAGGAAGAUCUGAUAGGUUUCGUGACGAUGGGGAAUAGGAAUUUGAAUCUUGCGGAAGGGAGGGGGACGGGGGUGGGGAGUAUUUUGUGGGAAAGAGUGGUGGGGGAGGAGGAGGAGGGGGAGGAUGUGAAGAGAGAUGGCGGGAAGAUUUGUAUUGUGAGGAAUUCGGGACAGGGGGUGGGGAGGUUGGCGAGGUGGGAAGUAGUCUGAUGAAGACGGUUGUUCGAAAUGAAGUGAGUGAGUGAGUGACUCACGUACUUUUUUUUGUUCGUUCCAUACUAUCUAUACAUUCAUUCUGUCUCCUUCUGCAUGCAUGCAUACGAAAAUGCUUGUUUCGACUAAGAUAUACAAUGUUCUGUUCUGUUCUGUUCUGUCCUUCCAGUUUAUCCGUCCACCAACACCAUGCUAAUAUGCUAAAAUCACAAGUGUAGUAGUAGU